AGAGGGAGACACACUGAGAGACUGGCUGUUUUUUGGGGGCAGCGCAGGGAGCCUUCGACGCUGCGGAUAUGAACUGAACAGCAAAACACUGGAAGAGGCAGGGAUCGCGGUGCUGUGUCCCGAACAUUUGACUGUAAAGGUGGAAAACGAGCCCCCCUUCUCCCUCUCAAACACCCUCCUCUCUCUCCCCUGACAGUUCGUAUUCAGAUAGAGCUACACCCAAAGCCCCGGCCGACCCCCUCCUUGCUCCUGCUGCUCCACCCCUCCGCCGCUGCACCGCUCCGGCAACCGAGAUGCACACGGAGACCCGUAACAAGAAAUGCCAGUCGACUCCAAAGCAGAAGAAGAGUGCUGUCAGCGCCCGGAAGAAGCAGAGGAGCCCGGCCAAGCAGAACCAGCAGCAGCAGCAGCAAACGCCGCCGCCGCCGCCGACGUCACCUCCUCCGGCCCAGGAAGAGGAGGAGAAGAAGAAGAAAGAGGAGCCGGCGACCAGCAGGCCUCGGCCGCCGCAGGGGGAGGAGGAGGCCGAGGAGGAGCUGAAGGAAGUGGCGACGGAGCCGGUGAGGGUGAAGGAGGAAGAACUGAGGAAGGAGGACGAGCAGGAGAAAGACAUGCCCUCCGUACAGAUCAAACCAGAGCCAGAAGAGAUGGAGUGCACGCAGGCCGAUGCAGGUGAUGACUGCUCGCAGCCGACAGACCUGAAGGUGAAGACGGAGUGCAAGACGGAGCCGUGUUCGCCUCAGUCGACCCCCGCAGAAGACCAGACCGAACCCGUCGACCUGUCGCUCAACAAGCCCCGCUCGGCCUGCACGACGAGCACCACGGUGAACCCGGCGCCCAGCAGCGCCGUGACCCAGCCCAGCCUGUCGGCCACGCCGGUGCCCUCCACCGUACAGUCCAUCGGCUCCAUGGUCCUCUCUCCGGGCUCCAUCUUGGCCACGCAGGGCGCCGGAGGCCAGCAGAUUCUCCACGUCAUCCACACGAUCCCGUCGGUCAGCAUGCCCAGCAAGGUGGGCCAGCUGCAGACCAUCCCCGUGGUGGUGCAGUCGCUGCCCGUCGUCUACACCACCAUGCCCACCGACGGCGUCGCCACGGCGGCCAUCACGGUGCCGCUCAUAGGCAGCGACGGACGCUCGGAAGGAUCGGUUCGUAUCAAACCAGGUUCGACGUCUCCGGUGGAGUAUCAGAGUGACAGCGAUGCAGAGAGCGGCACCGAGUCCGGAUCGGCCUCCCUCAGCGCCCAGAGCCUCGACGCAGGGUCAGUUAUGGACUUAGAGCCCGUGGAUCCAGACUCACCCGACAUCAAGAGGCGGCGGAUCCACAUGUGCGACUAUGAAGGCUGUAAAAAAGUUUACACCAAGAGUUCCCACCUCAAAGCCCACCGGAGGAUACACACAGGAGAGAAGCCCUACCACUGUACCUGGGAAGGCUGCACCUGGCGCUUCGCCCGCUCCGACGAGCUGACCCGACACUUCCGCAAGCACACAGGAAUCAAACCUUUCCGCUGCACCGAGUGCGACCGCUCCUUCUCCCGGUCCGACCACCUCUCCCUGCACCGCCGCCGCCACGUCAUGAUGUGAACUCCUCCCCUUCAAACCUCCCCUGCUUUUGAUUUCCCCUCACAGCACAUCUUGUACCAGAGCCCCCCCCUCCGCCCCGUCGCCUCUCAUGAACCUCUGCUGCCCACCCCUGCAGGAUUACAAGCCCCAAACCCUGAAACAUCCUCCUCGCCUCGCAAUCGCAGGUUCCCCGGGAAUGUUUGUGCUUCAUGGAGGAUUUUACACAUAAUCACCGUCCACCCCAAAAAAAACAGUCCUCUCUCCGCCAUCCUCCACACGAGACGUCGCCUCCUCAGAAGGAGAAGGAUGGACUAAAGGACAUCCAGCAGCAGGGACGUUCAUCCAUCCAUCACAUGCAUCCAUCCAUCCAUCCAGCGGAGAAGAAGAGGAGGCAAAGAGGAAUGACGCGUGUUUUGUUUUUAAUCUCGGAUCUUAAGUCGGACGUCACUUCAGCUGCUUCUUUCUUGAUUUUACAGUCUGCACAUAUCCAGAGUUGGGAAGUGAUGCGACUCCAAAAAUUUCUUGAUGGAUUUUUGAGAGAAAAAACUCCCAAAGACGGCCGUUUUCCAGGAACCUUUCCAGGAACCUUUCCAGGAACUUAAGUAGUUUAUGUUCCCUUUUUUUUUACCGACUUGAGGAUCUGUUUUGCCAAAAUUGGCGGAUUAUUUCACUUUACGUCCUCGUAAUUAGCAUUUAUAAGCAGUACGAUGUGUAUCAGUGUAUUUGUGUUUGUUCUCCCUCCACAAAUGGAGAUUAUUCAUGUUAUCUGUGCAAACGGAUGCUGAAUGAACUGAGAAGUCACACUUCAAAUCUUAGCUACGUACAACCACAGUUAGAUAUUUGUUAAAUGAUUGCUUAUAAAUGCUAACUGGUCGGACUGUCUCCAGAGUUUUUAAGAAGCGAACAGGAAUGAGCUAAAAGAACAGUGGGGUUCCUCAGGGUUCUGGUACUGGUUUGUUGUUUUUGGGGGAAAACAACCAAUUUGGAUUCAGUAUUGACCAAACUGUGCAUAUCGGUGUGUUUCUGAUGCAGCUGAAGUGACGUCAGGUGUGAAUUUGUUCUUUGGUGAACCUGUCUGAAGCUAACAGUAGUUUGUUUAGUCCUCCCCCCACCUCCCCCCUCCAUCACCUCCAUCACCUCCUCACCCCAGACCUCCCCUCCCCUCCUCCUCCCCCCCUGGUACAGGGAGCUACAAGACUGUGAACUUUAUAAAGAUUCAUUUAUUUUAAUUGUGUAUCAAUCACAUUGUUGUGUUCUCUCCCCUCCCAGCCCCUGCACACACCUCUCCUGAUUCCUCCUCGAUAACAGUAUUUUGCUUUUUACGUGUCGUUGUUGCUGUUGUUUUAUGACAUAAGGCCUUCAGUCUUGUCUUUUUUUUUUUAUUUUUUUUUAAUCUUUGCCAGGUUUUGGCGUUCUAAACAGAAUGAGGUCUUUAAAAGAUAUAUGAGGAAAAAAAAAAACUAUUUCAGAUCCUUUUGUUGUUUUCUGAGGCUGUGAAAAAGACGGAGGAGACACAAAUAAGAAUACAAGUAAAAAAAAACAACUCUCGCAGGGAAUAGGGGAGCUUUUUCUGAGUGUGCGUUAUCGGUGUGUGUCGUACACGUGUGUGUGUGUGAGUGUGUGUGAGUGUGUGUGUGCAUGUUUUGAGACAAAACACAUAAUCAGAAUUUAAGAUUUUUACGAGUGUGUGUUCCGGGCACUUGUUGUUCUUUUACCUCUUGCCCGUCGAGCCUUAAUAACUGAAGUCAAUCUGUAAGGGCGAAACCAGAACCACCGACGGACCACGUUCGGCCGGACUUCACAGCUUUCAUGGGACUUUUAACGCUGCGAAAUGUGUUUUUUUUGUUUUUUUUAAACAAAAAGUGCUGUUUGCUGAAGUUUUCACAUUUUAAAGGCUAAUUCUGUCCUCGUCUUUGCAGCAUUUUAGAUUGUGAGCGUUCAGAGCAAGAAACUCUGCUGGAGUUUUCGGCGAUAAAAGACGAGAAACUCCAGUUAAAGACGAGAUCGGGUUCCUGUUGCUCGCUCUAACUCAACAGUGAGAAACUUUAGCAAAAAUCCUACAAGAUUUGUGAGACUUUGCAGCACGUUCAACCCCCCCGACGACGUAAAAGCCAUCUGCGCUGGUCUGAACAAACCAACAUGGCCGCCGCCGGAAGUCCGAGUCGCCCCGAUCGUCCGUCGGUGGUUCUGGGAGAAACCAGGCACUGUGUCGGGCUGUCAGGGUCCGUGGUGCCUGGGGUUUAAACCAUGGGGAAACUAAGCUCUCUCCUCGCUAGCAUUUCUACCAGGGUGGGGGUCAAUUCUCUCAACUCGUUUAGAUAGAAGCUAAAUUAGAAGCUAACCUCCGGUGAAUAUUAACACACGUUCUCGUAGACUUUCCCGGCUCAUAUUUCCUCCGUGCUGAGCUUCUAACUGGCACAUUUUUUCAAAAACCUUUUUUUUUUCUGUUCGGAGCAGAAUUGACCCCCAUGACCCUGCUCUCUAACCCACGGUGUGCAUGUCUUAAGUGGGCUGUUUUUCAGCUCCUGAUCUGGGCUGAACUUGAUUAUGCAACACAAAAGAAAAAAAAAAAAACAACCUCGCUCCGAGCGCUGUUCUGAACUAGUCGAGCACUAGCAGCUGGGUGAAAACGAGAACAACAAAAAGAUAAAUAAGGGAGGCGAGGACGCGGGGAGGCCUGGAAAGCCUCCUCUGAAACUCCCAGCUGAGGUUUGUGAUCAGUCGGACUUCUAUCAGCCUGAUGUGUCCCUUUACGAACAACAACAACAAAAAAAAAGAAACGGCGUUUUUGCUUCGGAAUCUCGUUUGGAGUCGCUGUUGUUGUCGUCAUUUCAAAAGCUAGUAAGCGAGAGCAGAAAAUGGUAUACAUCUGAUUUUUCAUGGCGUGGUCGCUUCAAACGGACGUGCAGGCUCCUCGUGAGCCGAGUGCAUGAAAUGAAGAGGGCAGAUUGUUGUCUGGUCUGAACGCUGCAAGAAAAGAAAAAAAAGAAGAUUCUUCUGAGCAGAGUCGCUGAAUCUGAAAUCUUAUUUUUUAAAAAUAGGAUCCUAAACUCCAAGAAGAGUCUGGAAACAGGUUAAACAGAAGGUGAAAUGUAAGGAGAAAUGUUGUUAAAAAACUAAAUCCAGUGACUUGCUUGGAGGGGUUUUGCUCUUUUUCUUUUUUCUUUUGCAGCGCAGACUAAUGCAGCGUUCCCAUUUCUCUUGACAUCUCCCUCUGCUUCGAGUAAAAAAGAAAAAAAAAAAAAGUUACUAAGCACAUCUUUCUAGAAGAGUAUAUGCAUUUGAUUGCAAUUUUCUUUCUUUUGUAAACUGUUGAUAAA